AUGACGUGCCAAACAGACUGCGUUGAAAAGCCUAUUUCCCGCUGCUUUUGGGGAAUCGGAUGGUUUGUAGGCAGGUAUCCGUGGGUGUUUUUAUUCAUACCACUGCUAGUCUCCGCUGGGCUUGGUGGGGGCUUUUACUUUCUGGAAGACAGAGAGGCGAACGACAUCGAAGACCAGUUCACACCAGUGAACGGACCCGCGAAGAUGGAGAGACAGUUCGUUCAGGAAAACUUCAACAUGAGUGACUCGGAUUUCUCUCACAUGAGGCUUGAUACGGAGGGGACGUAUGCCUCGUUGAUUGUCGUGUCCAAAUCAAACAUCUUAACUAAACUAGCAUUUAACGAAAUUAUCAGUUUAGAUCGACAAGUUAAGCAGAUAAAAGCUGGGGAUGGACAAAUAUCUUAUGAAAGUAGUUGCGCCACCGUUGGUCAGUCGUGUUUCUCCAACACGAUUUUAGAUAUCGUUAAUUACACUGCUAGUACAAUUGAAGACAUUACUCUCACGUUUCCAAUUUAUAUAUUUAACUCUGCUCCUGUAUUCCUUGGGACAGAGAUUGGUGGGGUGAAAAUUAGGCCUACUUCAUACGAAAUAGAAAGUGCAGAGGCUAUUCGACUUUUUUAUUUUUUGAGAGAGGACAACUCUACAAGAAACGAGCUAUGGCUAAAAGCAUUCACAGAGACGUUGUCCAAGGAACCUGAAUCGAAACAGGUGUCUGUGUCAUACUUCACCUCCAUAUCAAGGCAGGAGGAGUUUGAGGGCAGUUCAAAGUCUGUGAUCCCAUUUUUUUCAAUCACAUAUGCCCUGGCCAUUACCUUCUCAAUUAUAUCUUGUAUGAGGCUGGACAGUGUGAGGAACAAGGUUUGGGUGGCUACCUUUGGUGUGCUCUCUGCUGGCCUGGCAGUGCUUUCCAGUUUUGGGAUGCUGCUGUACAUCGGCAUGCCCUUUGCUAUGACUGUGGCCACUGCCCCCUUUUUGAUACUUGGGAUCGGCGUCGACAACAUGUUCAUCAUGAUCUCCUUCUGGCAGAGGACACACGUUCAUGACAGUGUUGAGGACCGUCUAGCAGAAACGUACAAAGAGGCGGCCGUCUCCAUCACCAUCACCACGCUGACAGAUGCCUUGGCUUUCUACAUCGGUCUCAUGACCCCCUUCCGUUCUGUCCAGUCCUUCUGUAUGUACACUGGCACAGCUGUCGUCUUCUGCUACCUCUACAACAUCACGUUCUUUGGUGCCAUUAUGGCGUUGAAUGGAAGGAGAGAAAAGAGCAACCGACACUGGCUGACCUGCAUGAAGAUUCCAAAACCUGGCGACACUUCUGAGCAGAACAACAUUUGCUGCAUGGGAGGUGCUUAUGAUAAAGAAACUGGGGCUGAGGUACCGAUGCCUAUAAAUGACUUAUUCAAAGAGUACUACGGCCCAAUUCUGACAAACACCUACACCAAAGCGUUAGUGUUCCUGCUCUAUGUUGGGUAUUUGGCUGGUAGUAUUUAUGGAUGCCGCCAAAUGGAGGAAGGCAUAGACCUCAAAAAUCUGGCAGCCGAUGGUUCAUACAUUGGUAACUAUUAUGAUGAUGAAGACAGCUACUUUUCAGAGUAUGGUCCCAAUGUUAUGGUAGUUGUAAAAGGAGAGUAUCUGUACUGGGAUGAAAAAUCACUUAGCAAUCUUGACGCUUGUCUUGAAAGAUUUGAAAGUCUACCUAAUGUUAACAAGAAUAUGACAACACCAUCGUGGCUCCAAUCAUAUGAGAUAUUUGGAAAUCAAUCUGAUUUCAAUUUAAAGGAUGAAAAGAUAUUCAAGGAGCAUUUACCAGAGUUUCUACAAAUCUCAGGGUUCCAGCAAGAUGUGAACUUCACUAAUGGUAGGAUAUAUGCUUCUCGUUUCUUUAUCCCGACUGUAAACAUUGUCACUUCAGUGGAUGAGAAGAAAUUAUUGAAUGAGUUGAGGGAAACUGCUGGGAAGUGUGAAAAAGUUCCAUUGCUGGUUUAUCACCCUGCAUUUAUUUACUAUGACCAGUAUGCUGUCAUAGUUAGUAACACCAUCCAGAAUGUUGCAGUUGCCACAGCAGCUAUGUUGGUGAUCUCCCUCCUACUGAUCCCAAACCCUCUCUGCUCUCUGUGGGUGACCUUUGCCAUCGCCUCUGUCAUUGUGGGCGUGGCCGGUUUCAUGGCUUUGUGGGAUGUUAAUCUGGACUCUAUAUCCAUGAUUAAUCUGGUUAUUUGUAUUGGGUUUUCAGUGGACUUCUCUGCGCACAUUUCAUACGCCUUUGUCUCAAGCAGUGAGCCGAGUACCAAUGAGAAGGCUGUUGAGGCGCUCUCUUCCCUGGGCUAUCCUAUAGUGCAGGGGGCAGUCUCUACCAUAUUGGGGGUGGUGGUGCUGUCUGCAGCAGAGAGCUACAUCUUCAGAACCUUCUUCAAGAUCAUGUUCCUGGUCAUCCUCUUUGGGAUGGUUCAUGGAAUUGUUUUUAUUCCUGUGUUUUUGACCUUAUUUGGAUGUUGUGGCAACAAACAGCUGGAUGAACAGACGGAUGAAGAGCUGGAUGAUGAUCAGUAG